AUGGGCGACCGCGAUAAGCAGGCCGAUCCAAUGCAGGGGCAGCUUGCCCCCACACCGUCGAGCUCCGACGAGACGGAGGCAUCCCUGGAAAGACCAACGGUACCGAUCAAGCUCCAGGAGACUGAUCGAGUCGGACAAUACCUCCUCACGACAGAGGAUGCCGAGCUACUAAGAGAUGUUCUCCAGCACAACGUGCACUUGGAGAGAUCGGGAGUGUCGGAGACACGUCGCUUUCGCUUUCGUGACCUAGAGUUCACCCGGCGGCUCAGCACGUUUGAUCGCCAGAAUCCCAAAUUCAGCUCCUCACAGUUCCACGGCUUCUUCACGCUUUUCUGGUUGGGUGUGGCCCUGUUGCUAGUCAAGGUUGCGGCCAAUAACUGGAGAAUCUAUGGGUCCAUCUGGGGUCAGAACGAGAUCAUUCGCCUCAUGUUCUCCAAGGAUGUGUUGGUUCUAGGCCUAACUGAUUUCGUUCUGUGCUGGUCUACGAUAUUUUGUCUCGGACUCCAGCGAGCAAUCCGGCGCGGAUAUUUGCGUUGGAGCGGCCUUGGAUGGGUGGUUCAGAAUAUCUGGCAGACGACAUACCUUGCCGGCUUCAUCUGGUGGACAUACCAUCGCGACUGGCCGUGGACACAUACCGUUUUCAUAGUUCUGCAUUGCUUGACGAUGUUAAUGAAACAGCAUAGUUAUUCAUCCUACAAUGGCUACUUUUCUGAAUUAUACAACAAGCGCGAGCUGUUGACGAGACGAGUUCGGCAGCUAGAUAAACAAAGUGACCACCGUGCAGCAUCGACCGGGCGUUCAUCCGCAGUACACACGGAAUUUGAUUCUGAGAUGACCGAUCUGAAGCGGCAGGAUGAGGGCGAGCGUUCAGCCAAUCUCAAGGAUCUCCAUGGAAUCCGCGAGACUGACCAUCUCCUGUCCCUUGCUGAAACGAUCGAAAACGGGGCACCUUUGGAGCCCUCUCAAAUGAGGUCACUUAAAGCUUUACUGGAACGCGAGAUCGAGCUGUUGUCCGAAGGGCUUCGUGGUCAGUUUUCAUCCUCCAACCACUACCCGCGCAACUUAACCAUGGGCAAUUUCUGUGAUUUUAUCACCUUGCCCACGUUGGUCUAUGAACUUGAAUACCCGCGGACCGAGCGAGUGGACUGGGCCUAUGUUGCGGAGAAGACGGCCGCCACCUUCGGUACCAUCGUGGUCAUGAUUGUCGUGUCCCAAUCUUGGAUUUACCCGGUUGUGAUGUCAACCGUGCGCAUGAAGGAGGAGGGGCUCACUGUGCAACAGAGGCUAGAGGAAUUUCCCUGGGUCAUCAGCGACCUUCUCUUCCCGUUCAUGAUGGAGUACCUAUUGGCGUUUUAUGUGAUCUGGGAAUGCGUGCUCAAUGCUCUGGCCGAAAUCACCAGAUUUGCAGACCGUGGCUUCUACGCCGACUGGUGGAACUCGGUCUCCUGGGACCAGUUCGCUCGCGAUUGGAACCGCCCAGUGCACAAUUUCCUGUUGCGACAUGUGUAUCAUAGUUCCAUCAGCUCUUUCAAACUGUCACGGGUUUCGGCCAGCUUGGUGACAUUCUUUCUUUCAGCGUGUAUUCACGAGCUAAUCAUGCUGUGUAUUUUCCGGCGCCUGCGAGGCUACUUGCUCUUCCUCCAGAUGUCGCAGCUACCGCUCGUCUCCUUGAGUCGGACGCGGUUCAUGCGUGGUCAACGACUGGUGGGCAACAUCUUCUUCUGGCUGGGCAUUUUCACGGGGCCGAGUUUGCUGUGCAGUCUGUAUCUGAUUAUAUAA